AUGACUCCUGAGACAGAGGGAAAUCCUUCCCUCACAGAGGGAGUUCAGACGGAGGCUCCAGGCAGUGUGCGGAUAAUCGGCGUCAUUCAUGACUGUGAACCUGGGAAGGCCAACACAGAUGAAGAGCCCAAUGAAUCUCACCAGCCGCGGGAGUGUGACAUCCCUUCAUCUUCUCUGUUCACCAUGCCAAAGUACAGCAGGAAGUCCACCUCCUCAUCCUCAGAAUCUCUCUCCGCCCAUCAGAUCGACACGGGCAUUGACUGUGCAGGUAUCAUCCUGAAGUGCCUCUUCUGCAGAUUCUAUGACUUGUUCCUCAUGCUGCCAGCCUCAUGUGAGAGAGUCACCUACAGCUGCUGCCCCGCCUACCAACAGUUCAUCAUCACAGUGGAUAACACACCUAGCGAUAACUGGAACUGUGACUUUGACUGUGGUAUAUGUGAUGCCUGUCACGACACAGGGGAGUGUCUGGAGCUUGCUAUGGAGAUGUCUGAGAUAUGCUACCACUAA